AUGUCUUUGAUAAACUCCGUAAAAAAUUCUUUAACUGCUUCGGCUCUUUCAUACUUCACAACGGGUGUUCUUGUAGGCACUUCAUGUGGUUUCCUUUUAGGAUGGAAAAGUGCUUAUCAAAAAUUUAGUGUUGGAGAUGGAAAAAUUAUAACAGAAGAAUGUACCUCGAAUCGCGAAAAAGGUGAUGCUUUACCAGGAAAGAAGGAAGACCAUAGUGAGAGUGAAGAAAGUUUCACAGAAGAAGAAGAUUCUGAAGCAGAAUUAGCUGCAAUAUUAAAAGGAAAAAGCAGCCUUGCUGCUUUGGCCUUAGCCGAGGGUCAAACUAAAAUGGUGCUUGUUGUCCGUACAGAUUUGGGCAUGACGAAGGGAAAGAUAGCUGCUCAGUGUGCCCAUGCAGCUUUAGCUUGCUAUAAGCUUGCAGCAGCCACGGAUCCAGAGAUGUUACAACUAUGGGAGGUUGCUGGCCAAGCGAAGAUUACAUUGCAGGCACAGUCAGAAGAGCAGCUUCAAAUUUUGCAAGCUCAAGCUAUGUCUUUGGGACUUUCGGCUAGAAUCGUUCAUGAUGCUGGACGUACUCAAAUUGUCUCUGGGUCCGCAACCGUUCUAGGAAUUGGUCCAGGUCCGGUGAGCGUAGUUAAUGAAGUUACAGGCAGUCUUAGGCUGUUCUAA